UGCUCACUCCACAUGAGUCAUUGAUCCAAAAAUUCUUGGGCCAAUGGUCAUUGAAAAUCACGAUUAGUGUAUCGUCAUUGGGGCAAAGAAGCCGGAUUUUACGAGGAUUCGGUGAUUAUUUGGCUUUCUCGGGUGCAUGCUUUUGGAGUUUUGAAUGCAUAGUGAACGCCAUCAAGCGGCUGUACCUGUCAACACUGGAGAUUUUACUUUUGGAACGGGGGCUCUUUCACGGGGCUUUUCCGUGUCUAGCCCGAAAGUUCAUUGACAAUAGCCACCUGAAAACAGCUGAUUGUUUGACGUUGUUUUUUGUUCCCCCGGUAGAAAAUAGAGAUAACCGAAUUAACGGGUUGACGAUAUCAUGUUAAUACUUUAUCACGUCAUUUGAUGAUAACGGGUUGCAAGGAAGACACGUAAAUAAUCGGUGAAUCGUGAUUGGUUUAUGUAAAGAAAACCGGUUUAUUGUUUUUUUUUUGUUUUCGUUGUUUUUAUUAUUUUUUGAUCGGUUUGUUGGGGCUUAUCAUGGCAAGCUCAGUUACGAACAAUGGGUAUAAUUUUAAGGUUGUUCUUUUGGGCGAGGGAUGUGUGGGAAAAACCUCGGCUGUACUGAGGUAUGUUGAGGACAAGUUCAAUGACGAGCAUUUGACGACGGUGCAGGCAUCGUUUCUCACGAAGAAGUUGAGUGUCGGUGGGAAGAGGGUGAAUUUGGCGAUAUGGGACACAGCCGGGCAGGAGAAAUUCCAUGCUUUAGGACCAAUUUACUACAGAAUGUCGAAUGGAGCGAUUUUAGUGUACGAUAUUACGGAUGAGAAUAGUUUUCAAAUGGUCAAAAAUUGGGUAAAAGAGCUGAAGAAAAUGCUGGGCAGUGAUAUAUGUUUAGUCAUAGCAGGGAACAAAGUCGAUCUUGAGAAAGACCGAAGUGUCUCAUUUGAGGAAGCCGAGAGGUAUGCGAAACAAGUGGGCGCUGUUCACUUUCACACGUCAGCCAAGCAGAACCGAAAUAUCGAGGAAAUGUUCCUAGACCUGACGAGAAGAAUGAUAGCUCAUGCAGACGAGACUGAGCAAAUGAAGUCCAAUCUCAACAGGACUAGUAGCACGCGGAGAAAUGUUGUUGUUGUUGAGGAUGAUGUUGAACAGACACAAACAACAAAGUCAUCCUGCUGCGGUGGUUCACAUCCCUCAUGAAUUAUCAGUCUCUGUUUUGGAAUUGAAUUUAUAUUGAACAGGAGAUAAACGAUGUAUAUAUUUAGUCACUUUUCUAUUUACUGCGGGACUCUGUGAAGUUUAUCUUAAAUAUUCUUUCGUUUCUUAUGAUUUGAGCAAAGGAAUUGCAAUGAGAUUAAUUAUUUUGACUUCAACAUCGGACUUUGGUUGUCUUCGAGUUUGAGGGAGAUGAAAUUUUUUUUGGAGGGGAACACGUUCUUUUCAGUUGUAAGAAAAGCAACUGCGAAAAUGUAUUCGUGAAACCGAUAAAUCUUCAAGGUUUGCACAUCAGAAUUGACACAACAUUUUUCUGUCACGAUGACCGUUUCAUACAAUGGAGUCCCUUCAGUUUUUGGCUGUUUUUAUAUUUUGCAUUGAAACCUAGUGAAAAGAAAUUGUAAUCUUCACCGUACUUUUGCAUGAAAUAUGUAUUGAAUUUAUUAAAUUGUUAUGUAUUAUCCCAAUUA